AUGGAGUCCCUGCGCUAUCUCGGGUCUAUGCCCGGCCACAAGGGCUGGGUCACCGCCAUCGCCACCUCGUCGGAGAACCCCGACAUGAUUCUUACUGCCUCCCGUGACAAGACAAUCAUCGUCUGGUCAUUGACCCGUGACGAGGACCAGUACGGCUUCCCCAAGCGCAUCCUCCACGGCCACAACCACUUCGUCUCGGACGUCGUCAUCUCCUCCGACGGCCAGUUCGCCCUCUCCUCCUCCUUCAGCGCUGACAACCGGCAGAUUGUCUCCGGCUCGCGCGACCGGUCGAUCAAGCUCUGGAACACGCUUGGCGAGUGCAAGUACGAUAUCAAGGAGGACGGCCACACCGAGUGGGUAUCGUGCGUGGUCAAGGUCUGGGAGCUUUCGAAGUUCAAGCUCAAGACCAACCACUACGGCCACACUGGCUACAUCAACACCAUCUCUGUCUCGCCCGACGGUUCGCUGGCGGCGUCCGGCGGCAAGGACGGCAUCACCAUGCUCUGGGACCUCAACGAGGGCAAGCACCUCUACUCGCUCGAGGCGGGCGACAUCGUCAACGCCCUCGUCUUCUCGCCCAACCGUACUGGCUCUGCGCGGCGACCGCGACCUGCAUCAAGAUCUUCGACCUUGAGAGCAAAGCGCCAACUCGCGGCACCUGAGUGUGUCUCCAUCGCAUGGUCAGCGGACGGCCAGACGCUCUUCGGUGGCUUCACCGACGACCUCGUCCGUGUCUGGACCGUUGUCUCAUAA